UAGUUUUUGUGAAGAGUGCAAGAUGCUUCAGCAGCUGUUUUAUUUCACUCUCAGUGCAGUAUACUGUGUGAAAUGUCUUUCUCUGCUGCCUGCUGGUUUGAAUCAUGCACAAGUCCUGGGUCCAACAGGAAUGUUUUUUCUCUCAAGCAAAAGUUUGUAUUAAAGCAUAAAGUGAUAAUAAAGUGAAAGGUGUUCUAUCUCAGCUGCAUAUGUGCUGCUUUUCCACCAACAUACAAGCAGGAGUUACUGCAUAUCAGACCUCCUGAUUACUGGUCUGUCUGAAACGGUUUUGAGAACAAGUUCAUUUUAUAUGCACAAAUGCAAUAAUCAUGUUUCUAAUUCAGAUUUUUAGGAAGAUUCUGGGGUAAACUGAUCUGCUUCAGUGAAUCACACUUCUCUCUACCAUCAUCCCUCUGAACAGUGGAAGGUGUUCUACAAACCUAGUUUUCUGAGCAUUCAGAACUAGCUUAAGACCAGACAGAGCUUGCUGUAUAACAUCAGAAGCAGACUGCAAGUAUGCACGCACCGGGGUACCAGUUUGUGCCGAGGAGUAGUGCACAGUGUUAUCUGCAGAAAAGUUAACAUUUCCAUUUUUUUAUAUGACUAACUAUAUAAUUUAUAUAGAUUGUAAACAAAAUAAGUCUAAGUACGGAUCCUGGAGGUGCUCCUUUCUUAACUUCUAUGAAUUGAGACUUCACAUCCCCAGCCAUAACAGCUUUUUUUCUAGUAAAAAGACGGAUGCCCUGGAACCUAGUACAUUACGCAAGACUAACUGAUCCUCCCAGGGUGGAUUUCUUUACAUCUAUGUGGUAUGAUUCUGAUAGGACCUCGUUCACUGUGAAAUCCAAAAAUGUAAACAAUAAUCUCUUUUCUGGAAACUUGGUAAUCGAAUUCAGAACCGAGGUCAGGACUGGACUGAGUUCUCUAAAAAGAUUACCUGCUGCUAUAAAAUUUCUUCUACGAAGUCACACAUCCUGGUAUGUUCUGCACAGAGAACAACAGCCCAACCUACUGUGAGAAAUACUAUAUAAGGGGUUAAAUGUUAAUGAACAUCACAGGACACAUUCUGCUGGAACAGAAAAUCCUCUUAAGCAGUAUGUUACAGGUACACCAGCAAUGGAAAAUGUAUCAGGUGUGAAAGUGUUCCAUUUAUCUGUACUGAAUGAAACUUGGACAAGUCGUUAUUUUUUAUUUUCUCUGACUCUGUUUGUGUAUAGCUUAAUUCUGUUUGUAAAUGUGAUGCUAAUUCUCACCAUUACAUUGCAAAAUGCCCUCCACGAACCCAUGUACAUGUUCCUGUGCAAUCUGUGUAUUAAUGGACUGUACGGAACUGCAGGAUUCUACCCUAAAUUCCUAUCCGACUUGCUCUCUGGACAUCAUGUUAUCUCAUAUGAAGGAUGUUUCCUGCAGGCAUUUGUGAUCUAUUCAUCAGUACAGUGUGAAUUUUCAACACUCACUGUGAUGUCUUACGAUCGCUAUGUGGCCAUAUGCAAACCCUUAAUGUAUCAUUCAAUUAUGACAGGUCAGAUGGUGUAUAAAUUAAUAACAUUUUGCUGGCUUUUUCCCUACUUCAUGAUGUCCUUGCUUAUAGCACUUUCAAGAAGACUUACAUUAUGCGGGUCCCAUAUUGAUAAAUUAUAUUGUGAAAACUGGUCCAUUGUGAAACUUUCUUGUGAAGCAACAGUGGUAAAUAAUGUGACUGGGUUUAUUGUUAUUCUAACAUUUUUAGUAUUUGCAAUUUUCACCACGGUUUCAUAUAUUAAAUUGAUUUCUGUGUGCACGAAAAGUAGAGAAGACAGAAUUAAAUUUAUGCAGACUUGUGUGCCACAUUUAUGUGCCUUAACAAAUUUCACAGUCACUUUGAUGUUUGACACAAUGUACAGUCGCUAUGGAUCAAGAGAUAUCUCAGAGCGUCUGCGCAAUUUUUUGGCGCUACAAUUUCUCAUCAUCCCUCCUCUCUUCAACCCAAUUAUUUAUGGACUCAAACUGACUGAGGUUCGCAAAAGACUACUGAAGCAGUGUCGUAGCUUAAAGUAGUUUUUGUAGAGAGCACAAGAUUGUUCAGCAGCCUUGGACACGACAUUUUCUGUUACUCUCAGUGCAGUACACUGUGUGAAAAGUCUUUCUCUGCUGCCUGCAAUAGGCUGGUUUGAAUCAUGCACAAGUCCUGGGUCCAGCAGGAAUGUUUUAUCUCUCAAGCAAAAGUUUGUAAUAAAGCAGAAUAAUGUGGA